AUGGCCAGGUGCACGCGGCUGCUGCUGCUGGCGCUGUGGGUGCUGGCCAAGGAGCCAGAGGCCGAGGCCCGGGUCGCCCCCUACGGGGUGAAGCUCUGCGGCCGGGAGUUCAUCCGAGCGGUCGUCUUCACCUGUGGGGGCUCCCGGUGGAGGCGGGCGGACCUCCUAGCCCAUGAAGCCACAGGGGAUGUCUUCCCGGAGGCAGAUGCCGAUACAGACAGCCUGGCAGGCCAGCUAGAUGAGGCUGUGGCCUCCGCCGAGUGGCUGGGCCUGACCAAGUCCCCCCAGGCCUUCUACGGGAACCGCCCUGGCUGGCCGGGAGCCCCCGGAGUCCUUCGGGGUGGCCGGUACGUCCUGGCUGGCCUCUCCAGCAACUGCUGCAAGUGGGGCUGCAGCAAGAGUGAGCUUAGCAGCCUCUGCUAG